UUGUUGUUGUUGAUUGAUGUUGUCUCUCCAGAUGGCCAGAAACAGGAAGUGAGUGUUGGAGGCUCUGCGUCUAGACAGUGUUUCUAUGAUCUGACCCCUAACAGCCAGUAUAAGAUCAGCGUUUCCACCCAGCUACAGGACAUGGAGGGGCCCGCCGUCACCACCAUCACUACAACACUCCCUGCCCCCACCCAGCCACCGACACCACCCCCCACGUCACCCCCCCUACCGACCAUACCGCCCGCCAAGGAAGUCUGUAAGGCAGCCAAAGCUGACCUGGUCUUCUUGGUGGACGGGUCUUGGAGCAUCGGAGACGACAACUUCCAGAAGAUUAUCCGCUUCCUGUACAGUACGACGGGAUCUCUGGAUCUGAUUGGUCCUGAUGGCACACAGGUUGCUAUAGCACAGUUCAGUGAUGAUGCCAGGACUGAGUUCAAGCUGAACUCCUACGCGAACAAGGAAACACUGCUCGACGCCAUCAGGCGAAUCACAUACAAGGGAGGGAACACCAAGACAGGCCGGGCCAUUAAGCAUGUGAAGGAAUCUAUCUUCACCUCAGAGGGAGGAGUGAGGAGGGGGGUUCCUAAGGUACUGGUGGUCCUCACCGAUGGCCGUUCCCAAGACGACGUCAACAAGGUCUCCAAGGAGAUGCAGAUGGAAGGCUACAUCAUCUUUGCCAUCGGCUUUGCUGAUGCGGACUACGGAGAGUUGGUGAACAUCGCCAGCAAACCCAGCGACAGACACGUCUUCUUUGUGGACGAUUUGGAUGCUGUCAAGAAAAUUGAGGAGCAGCUGAUCACUUUUGUGUGUGAGGCUGCCACUGCCACUUGUCCAUCGGUUCUGAUGAGAGGCAACACCAUGGCAGGCUUCAGGAUGAUGGACAUGUUUGGCCUGGUAGAGAAGGAGUACAGUAACGUAGAGGGAGUGUCCCUGGAACCAGGCUCCUUCAACAGCUUCCCCUGCUACAGACUGCACAAAGACGCCCUGGUCUCACAGCCCACCAAGUACCUCCACCCAGAAGGUUUGCCCUCUGACUACACCAUCACCUUCCUGUUCCGCCUGCUACCAGACACCCCCCAGGAGCCCUUUGCAUUGUGGGAGAUCCUCAACAAAGACAAUGAACCCCUGGUUGGGGUCAUCCUGGACAAUGGUGGGAAGACUCUGACGUUCUUCAACUACGACUACAAGGGAGACUUCCAGACAGUCACUUUUGACGAGCCUGACAUCAAGAAGAUGUUCUAUGGCAGUUUCCACAAG